AUGGCGACGGCGAUGCAGUCGGCAGUACGUCUGCCCUCACCCGACGCCGCCGACGGCCAGUCGCAUACUUCUGCUCGCAAACGCUCGCCUUCGUCGCGUUCGCCCUCACCUGAAAGACGCCCUCCAACUCUGCGCACACGCUCCGUCGACCCCGAUACGAAUAACGAUCCUUUGCCCCCACGCGACCGCUCGAGAUCGCGCUCGCCGCUUCCUCAUCGCAGCGGUCCUCUUCCCCGCGAUGUCGACCGUCAAAGAGCACUCGAACGCCAGAGACAGGCCGAAACCCGCCGUCGCGAAGAAGUUCAACAAGACAAGCCUCUGUCGGCCGCCGAGAAGCAGGCUGCCGCAAAAGCUGAAUACGAACGCCUGCUCACCAUGCGCUCAGGAGGAACCUAUGUCCCACCCGCCAGGUUGCGCGCUCUACAGGCUGAGAUCGGCAACGAUCCGUCCUCCAAGGAGUUCCAGCGCAUGGCCUGGGAGGCCCUCAAGAAGUCCAUCAACGGUCUGAUCAACAAGGUCAACGUCUCCAACAUCAAAUACAUCGUCCCCGAGUUGUUCAGCGAGAACCUCAUCCGUGGCCGUGGCCUCUUUUGCCGAAGCAUCAUGAAGGCCCAGGCUGCCAGUUUGCCUUUCACCCCCAUCUAUGCCGCCAUGGUCGCCAUUGUAAAUACGAAACUUCCCCAAGUUGGCGAGUUGCUGGUCAACCGUCUUAUCGUGCAGUUCCGCAAGGCCUUCAAGCGCAACGACAAGGCUGUUUGCCUGAGCAGCACAACCUUCCUGGCUCACUUGAUCAAUCAGCAGGUCGCCCACGAGAUGCUCGCCGCCCAGAUCUUGCUGCUCUUGCUCAACAAACCUACUGACGACAGCGUGGAGAUUGCAGUGGGUCUGAUGAGAGAGGUUGGUCAGCACGUCGAGGAGUUCAAUUCGCAGAUCGCCAUGGCCGUCUACGACCAAUUCCGCAGUAUUUUGCACGAGGCCGACAUCGACAAGAGAACUCAGUACAUGGUCGAAGUUUUGUUCCAGGUCAGGAAGGACCGCUACAAGGACAAUCUCUCGGUAAAAGAAGAGUUGGAUCUUGUGGAAGAGGAGGAUCAGAUUACCCACAAUACCGGCCUGGAUGACCAGAUUGAGGUUCAAGAUGGCCUCAACGUUUUCAAAUUCGACGCCGGCUGGGAAGCUAAUGAGGAGGCUUACAAGAAGCUCAAAGCUGAAAUCCUCGGUGAGGCCGAUGGAAGCGACGAAGAUGACGAGGACGAUUCAGAUGUCAGCAGUAGCGAGGACGAAGACGACGAAGCGGAUAAACAGGUCGAGAUCAAGGACCAGUCCAACACCGACCUGGUCAACUUGCGCCGAACCAUCUACCUCACCAUCAUGUCCUCUGGUGGCUUCGAGGAAUGUACUCACAAGUUGCUGCGCAUCAACUUGCCCCCUGGACUGGAGCAUGAGCUGCCCUCGAUGAUUGUCGAGUGUUGCUCCCAGGAACGCACAUACAACAAAUUCUUUGGCUUGAUCGGUGAGCGUCUUUGCAAGAUCAACCGCAUGUGGAAUGAACUCUUCGAAACCUCGUUUGUUAAGUACUACGAUACGAUUCACCGCUUGGAAACCAACCGUCUUCGCAUUGUCGCCCAGUUCUUCGGUCACCUUCUGUCUUCCGACGCCAUUGGCUGGCAUGUUAUUAGUGCCAUCCACCUGAACGAGGACGAGACAACUUCCUCCUCGCGUAUCUUCAUCAAGAUUCUGAUCGAGGAGCUGGCUCAAAACAUUGGAAUGAAGAAGCUAUCGGAGAGAAUGAAGGAUGAUGCCUUGCUGCCUGCACUGGCUGGAAUAUUCCCCGUCGACAACCCUCGCAACACUCGUUUCAGCAUCAACUUCUUCACUGCCAUUGGUAUGGCGCGUCAAGUUACUCUAGCUACUCAAGCUACUCAAGCCGUUCCCGCUCCCCGUCACGCACAAGAGGCCGAGCACGCAUCCGAGAGAGAUCUUACUCAUACUCGAGAUCGCCGUCUCGAUCGAGGUCUCCAGCUCCAAGACGUCGUUCUCCUUCUGCUUCUGUUUCCCGUUCAAGAACACCUGAGCGUAGGAGAAGAUACACAUCGUCUAUUUCUCGCUCUCGUUCUCCACCUCCAAAGCGCGGCAAGGCUCGUCAAGACUCUCGCUCGCCAUCGUAUUCGCGCUCUCGCUCGCCUCCUGCUCGUGGAGCUGCCAGAGCUCGAAGCCAUUCUCACUCCCGCUCACCCCCUAGCCGUAGGGCCCCUGCACGAGACAGAAGCUAUACCCGCUCACCAACACCGCCUCGUAGACGUCGGGAUAGCUAUUCCCGAUCACCGGCUCGCUCAAUCUCUCAUCCGUCUCUCGCUCUCCGUCUCCACCCCCAAGACGAACAAGGUCUCCAGUCAGGAGCCAACGUCGCGUACGUCGCAACACUUCCUCUCCAGAGGUAUCACGCUCCAGAUCACCCCUCGUCGCACACGCAGAGCCAGUAACACCUCUGCUCGUGGUCCUAAGCCUCCUGCUCCAAGCGCCGAGAUGGACCUUAGCGAUAUUCAUCCCAGCCGCAGGGGCCUGCUAGGCGCUGGCGGAAGGGCAAGGCCAACUGCAGGUGAUUUUAUCUAA